AUGGCUGGAGGAAUUGAAACACCACUACCACAAGGUGCGGGAUAUGCCGUGGUUCUAGGAUUGGGAUUCUUCUUCUCAUUCCUGAUGAUUGGAAUCACAUAUGGUCUGCAAAGAUACAAGAAAGAGAUCAUGACAUCGGAAGAGUUCAACACUGGUGGUCGUUCUAUCGGUACAGGUUUGAUCGCCAGUGCAGUGGUGUCGUCGUGGACCUGGGCUGCUACACUUUUGACCAGUUCCACUAUGGCCUACAACUUUGGUGUCUCGGGGUCCUUUUUCUACGCUGCCGGUGCCUGUGUUCAAAUUGUUCUGUUCAGUUAUUUAGCUAUCAAAGCCAAACAAAGAGCCCCUGAAUGCCAUACUUAUCUUGAAAUUGUCAAAGCUAGAUACGGCACUCUAACCCACUGUGUGUUCAUGUUCUUUGCUAUUGCAACCAAUGUCUUAGUCACAGCAAUGUUGCUAACAGGAACUUCUGCUGUUAUUAGUGAUCUGACUGGUAUGCACACUGUUGCUGUCUGUUUCCUGAUGCCAAUCAGUGUGGUUGCCUACACUAUUGUAGGUGGUUUGAAAAGUACCAUUCUGUCGGAUUACUCUCACAAUGGAGCCCUAUUGAUUAUUAUUCUCGUGUUUGCCUUUACAACAUAUGCUGGCAGUGAUAAGAUUGGUUCGCCUACAAGGCUUUGGGAGAUGGUCAACGCAAGAAGUGCUUUGAACCCUGUCGAAGGAAAUGCCGGAGGUAACUAUUUUACCAUGAGCUCUCGUGGAGGUGGUAUCUUUUUCGUGAUCAACAUUGCUGGUAACUUUGGUACAGUCUUCUUGGAUAAUGGUUACUGGAACAAAGCUAUUGCAGCUUCUCCAGCUGCUGCCAUGCCCGGUUAUGUGCUGGCUGGAUUUCACUGGUUUUCAAUUCCGUUCUUAUGUGCUACUACAAUGGGUUUGGCCUGUUUAGCUCUUGAAGACCUCAAUGAUCCACUGACUCCCCAACAGGUCUCAGCCGGUUUGGUUUUGCCAACUGCUGCCACUCAACUACUUGGAAAAGGUGGAGCUGUCGCUUCCUUGUUGCUUGUAUUCAUGGCUGCUACCUCUGCCCUGUCAUCGGAAUUAAUUUCGGUUUCCUCUAUUUUCACGUAUGAUAUUUUCAAGGGUUACUUACGUCCUAGAGCCUCCGGUAAAACAUUGCUGGUGACAUCUCAUCUGUCAGUUAUGGCAUUUGCUAUGAUUAUGUCUGCAUUCUCUACCGGAUUGUGGUAUGCCGAAAUUUCUAUGGGAUAUUUGUACGAACUGAUGGGUAUUUUGAUUUCAGCAGCUGUGGUUCCAGCAUCUUGUACCCUCCUUUGGAAAGAUCAAAAUAAGGUUGCGGCUACUCUUUCGCCUCCUCUUGGCUGUGCUUUGGCCAUUACUGGUUGGUUGGUUUACAGUAAGGUGAACUUUGGAGAAGUCACUGUUGAUACUACUUUUGAAGACAUGUCCAUGUUGACUGGUAACUGUGUUGCCCUUCUGUCUCCGCUUCUUUUCGUCCCACUGUUCUCGUUCAUUUUUGGGUUCCAAAAUUUCGACUGGAGAGUACUAAAGUCGAUUAACAGAGUGGAUGAAGAUGAAGAGAUCAUCGAAAAAACCGAGCCAAACGUUCAUAUUGAUGCGGAAACUGGAAUGUACCCUAUAAAGUCGCAAAUAACUAAUGCAGCCGAAGAAAUUGCUCUCAAGACUGGUGACGAAAGAUUAACUGCCGAAGAAGCCCAGUUGAAACGAUCCUCCAGAAUAGCAGGAUUUGCAUGUCUUGUGUCAGCAUCCUCCUUCCUUAUACUUUGGCCCAUGCCAAUGUAUGGCUCACGUUACAUAUUCUCCAGUCAGUUUUUCACUGGUUGGGUCACAGUCGGAAUAAUCUGGGUCUUCAGCACUAUUGGUUUAGUGUUGCUGCUUCCAAUCUGGGAAGGCCGUCACACUCUUUACACUACUUUUAGGGGUAUCUACUGGGAUCUCAGCGGAAACUCUCACAAACUCAAAGAAUGGCAAGAAUCUCAUCCUGAGGAGCUGCAUGUUGUGCAAAGUCAAAUCUCUGCCCAAGUACAAAGGCACAACAGAAUUCAAGUUAUUGAUGAUCUCGUUGAGACCGACAGUGACAGAAAGUAG